GAUGGCGGCGUCAAGUGGGGCAGGCGCUGGUGGAGGUGGUGAAGAGGCAGGUGGCAGGGGCGAUCCCGGCGGAGCGGCGGUCCCGGCAGCUGGAUCCCCGCGUCGGGGCGUGACUGUCAUCCCGAAAGGCGGAGCUCAGGAUUCUGAAAGCUUAAGACUGCUUCCUUUAUAAUUAAGAGAACUUUGACAAGACGUUCAUACCCUGGGGAGGCUUUGGAGGAACCAUGUAAAGCACAGUCAUGCUGGCCUCUACCCCAGGCACACUGAUGCCGGGCUGACAACAAGAGGCUUGUGGACCUGAAAUUGGAUGCUGACCUUGUGGAACGUUGAUGGGACAGAGAUGGCACACCAGGAACCAGCGUCAUCUCUCAGAGAAGAUAGCCCCAGAGGUUUUGAGGGGCUUUAACACACGAAGAAAAUGGCCCCUGUCUCAGGAUAUCUUCUGCUGUGUGAGAGACCCUGGACAUGGAGCUCCCAAGUCGCCACAACAGCCAGAAAAUCCCUGGGGACGCUGUGGAAGGGGCUCCCAGACAUCACUGGAAGAGCUUCCGAAGCUGGCCUCAUUAAGGAGGUCUGGCCCCCAUGUUGUGAAGAAGGGGUGCACUUGUCCUGUCGUAACUCAAUCAGAUGCUUGAAGUUUUCAUACUUUUCUUCCAUAAGCUGGCAUCAUGACCCUCACAAAAGGUUCCUUCACCUACUCUAGCGGGGAGGAAUAUCGCGGCGAGUGGAAGGAAGGCCGCAGACAUGGUUUUGGUCAACUGAUGUUUGCAGAUGGCGGCACCUACCUGGGUCAUUUUGAGAAUGGGCUCUUCAAUGGCUUCGGGGUACUGACCUUCUCAGAUGGCUCAAGGUACGAGGGGGAGUUCGCCCAGGGCAAGUUUAACGGCGUUGGAGUCUUCAUUCGACAUGACAACAUGACAUUUGAAGGGGAAUUUAAAAAUGGCAGAGUGGAUGGUUUUGGCCUGCUGACUUUUCCCGAUGGUUCUCAUGGAAUACCUCGCAACGAAGGCCUGUUUGAGAAUAACAAGCUGCUGCGGCGUGAGAAGUGUUCCGCAGUCGUGCAGCGGGCCCAGAGCGCCUCCAAGUCCGCCAGAAAUCUCACUGCCUGACGGGCGUCGUGCGCCAGCUGACAAGUACUGGGUAAAGCAACGUCCCUGUUACUCACUCAAGGUGAACAGAUGUACCGGCUGUGAGAGGACAUGAGGAUGCCCGCAGAGAGCAGAAGCCUUGGGACGCCCCCACACCCGCCAGGCAGGGAUUCCAUCACAGAAUUCUGAGGACUCGGGCCCCGCUGCCCACAGCAGGGUCACCAGUUCUCUUUCCUUCUCUCACUUGUUGGUAUUCUGUGUCCCUAACACCUUGGGUUGCCCAGUGCAGACCUGCCUCUCCUUGAUUUCCUGCCAAGCGGGGCAGAGCCUCUUCAUUCCGCCUGUAUUUGGGGCAGUUGAUCCCAGCCCCAAAUUAGGGCUAAUGCUUUGUGCCCCCCCGAAGAAACAGGGAGAGAGGCAGGGGUGGCUUAGGCAGUUCAGCAGUCCUGUGAAAGCCACGGCCAGAGCUUUUCUGCGUGUCCCCCCGCCGCCUCCCCAUUUGCUGCUGGUCGACUUCGUGGCUCCAGGCCUCCCCCUUUGUCUUACCAGACUGCUAUUUGUGUCUGCUUAUUCCCCCUGUGAAGGGUUUGGUAAGAGUGCUGUUUCCCUGUCCCUUGACUUUAUAAGCUGUCUUCCUUACCUGAGUUCCAGCAGCUAAUCUGUUCCCUUUUUUGUGCCUCUCCUUUCUUAGAUGGGACAGGAUCCCUUUUGGGGAUAGUCAAGACACUGAUGUAAAGAGUCACCUUAGGACUUGUACUUUUUAGUUACUCCAGGGUGAAGGGCGGAUAUCCCUGGCCCAUUUCAGGCCCUAUCACGGAGUAAUUGAAUCCUUAGGGAUGGCUUGGGCUGACACAGCCCCUUCCCAGUGGACUAGGAGGUCAGACCCACCUCAACCCCUUGGGGUUUGGGUAGAAUUGGACCCAUUCUAGGACUGCAGUGAACCAAAAGAGAAUUUGGCUCCCUGCAUUUGGUCCACUGUUUACUCUUCCACCAUAAGCUUGGCCAUCAGGCCUGGGAGGUCAGAUCUUGACCGAUAGGAUCCCUAUGUAGUUCAUCAUGGAGGCCCCCCAAUUAUCCUGUGACCCAGACACGCCCAGUCCACUCCCAGCCCCUUAUCCUCACACUGAAUGUCUCCUCAACAGCAGACUGUGGUGGAAAUUAUAGCCGUGUGCCUCGAUGUAUUCUCUGAGUUGUACUGUAGAAACGAGUGUUUAUGAGGAAUAAACAAAUCACCAGAACUGCC